AUGAAGAUCACAAAGACUCCCAAGCGUCUGGCACCAGCUGCGCCCGAGGUGCUGGCACUGCAGGAUCGGGUCUCAAAAUCAUCCGAUGACGAGCUGCCGGCUGUGCUCGACAGCAUAUCCGAGUGGUGUUGGCCCCGAGGCGAUCUCUACUACUGGACUGGCGUGCUCAACCGCUUCGACACCAUCCUCGAAAAUGUGUGCCGCGACUACGAGCUCUCCAGCAUCCAGGCCAACGACUUUACACCGCUCACCAAGCGCCUCGUCGCCAGCAUCUUGCGCUUCUCUCGCCUCCUCGUCGAGAACUGCACCAAUCGCAAGCUCUACAGCUCCUUUGAACACCUCAACGAGCUCCUUUACACGCGCGACCUCGACGUCCUUGAAGCCGCCCUCCGUCUCGUUCUGCGCGCCGCACAACAGCAUAGCAGCCAUCAUCCAAGACACGAGUUUCAGAUCUCAAAGGAGCGUCUCACCACGCUCGCCAUGAUCUGGACGCCCAGAGAUCAUGGCGUUCCGCUUGUCGACGUUGCUCAGCCAGAAAAACCGGUACCAUCAGAGCUCUCGCACGUGCGCUUCCAGUUCUUUCAACGCUGCGGGUCGGCAAUAACCUCGCAGUCCGUGCCGUCCUCCUCUUCCGUCUCCACCGGCGAAUCUUCCCAUGCGGCUCGAGGCGUUGCCUCACCACACCCGGCUCAAAACCAGCACCACAACGCGUCCACCUCCACGCCCACACGCUCGCGCAACAGAGACCAUCGGCCCGUCAUGCUUCCGGCACUCUCCACUGGUGCGCUCCCUGUGACGCCCACGCGCCAGGAUGAUCGGGUCGAGACCAACGCUGCGCCUGCCUCUGCAUCCGGCGCCGCUGCUAGCCGUCGCGAAGGUUUGGUCACCGUCGACCUCGGCAAGAUCACAUCUGCCGAUGGCGACCCAGCCGAUCUACUAGCCAAGGCGGUCGAGACGUACGGGAUCCCGCAGGAGGAGCGAUUCGAGCUCUUCCAACGCAUUCGGUUGGCUCUGGGACUUCAAGACGCACACACCCGCAGACAACUGCUCGUCUGUCGACUGCUCGCCAUCGCUUGCUACGGCCUGGUGAUCAGCGAGUCGAUCGCCAGCACUCAGCUCUUCCUCUACGAACCGGAUCUGAUUCAGCGCAUCGCUGCUCUUGUCGAUCCCGUACAGAAGCUCGAAAUGGCCAUCCAGAGCAGCGCUUUCUACGCCCUCGACAGUCUCGGUCGCUACCGCAACCGCGUCAGCGUGGUCCUCAACUCGGUCAAUGCUUCCGUCAACCACGGCAUCAUCCUCAGCGUGGUGCGCAACCUCAUCGACGACCUCCGAACCGACGCGCCCGUUUCGACGGAGCACUACGUCGACUCGGUGCUCAGCUUUGUCGCCUUCAUCGCCACCACUUCGUCCGCCAGCCACACCAUCGUCGGCGCAGGUCUCGUGCCUCUUCUCGUCGAGCUCGUCAACAUCGACAGCCCAGAUAGAUACAUGGUGCAACGUACCGUCUCGCGGGCUCUUGGUCUCAUCGACAGCCUCUCGUACGCGGUGCCUCAGGCCUUUGACCUCUUCUGCAAUGCGCGUGGUCUCGACGUCCUUGUGGAUCGUAUCAAGGCCGAGGUUGACCGCGACAUCCACGAUGGCGCAGCUGAUCGCAUGGGCGACGGCGUUUAUGGCGAGCCCGGCCCGGACAACCUGUACGGUCGCUUAUCGUUCGGACGCGCCUCUCUGCUUCGCUCCAUGUUCAAGACGAUCACCCAGAUGAUGUCGUCUACCGGCACCGGCGAUGGUCUGCGCAACCUCGUCAACACCUCGUUGCCCGACUCGCUCAAACGGAUCAUCCUCAACCGCAACAUCUUUGGCCCACAGAUCCUGGCGCUCGUCAUUCUCAUCACAUCCACCAUCAUCCACAAUGAACCCACUUCGCUGACCAUCUUGCAGGAGGCCAAGAUCCCCGAAGUCUUGUUCGACGCCAUUGAAGCCGACAUCGAGGCGCACUGGGAGGUUAUCUAUGCCAUCCCUAACGCGAUCGGGGCCAUCUGCCUCAACCAGGCUGGUUUGGAUCUCUUCAAUUCCCGUCGAUUGAUUCCCAAGCUCUUUUCGCUCUUCACCUCGGAGCGCCACAGCAAAGUGUUCCAGGAUCGCGACAACGCCAAUGCAUUCGGUGCCGCCAUCGACGAACUCAUGCGCCAUCAGCCCAGUACCAAGCCGCUCGUCAUGGACUCGAUCAUGCGCUCGCUCGACGACAUCGGCCAGAUGGCGAGCACCUUCGAGCUGCCGCAGGAACCCAAGGCGCGCGCCGCUUACGGUCUGCUCGCGGUCGGCGAUGCUGCUGCCGAUGGAGCCGCUGCCGCCGCCGCUGCCGGCUCGACAGGUGGUCGUGCAGUGGCGCUCGCAGACGUCGUUACGGAUGAGCCCGAUCCGAUCCGCGAGGUUGACCUCACCAAGAUCGAGUCGAACCCCGUCAUCACCGCGAUCGACGUCGUCUCACGCUUCCUCGAGGGACUCUUUCAGACUAGCUCGCACUGCAAGGACUUCAUCAAGAUGGACGGCCUCGACAAACUGCUCAGCUUCUACUCGUCGCCCUGCCUGCCUUACGACUUUUCCGCGUCGCUGCUCGCCGAUUCGCUCGUGACGCUCAUCCGCUUAAUGGCCGAGAUCAGCCCAAGCACCGUCCUGAUCGCCAUGCUCCGAGACAUCAAGGCUGCGUCCGAAGAGGCGGCGGCGCUCUUCGACCUGCCCGAAAAGUCGUUCGCUUCUCUGACCUACGACAACACGGUCUCGCGUCUUUUGUGGAUGGCGACGCCCCGCGACGAGGCGGAUGCGGAGCGUGCAACCCUCGCCUUCCGCAAGCUCGUCGGCCUCUGCUCACGCGCCCAGCUCUUCACCGACGUCUGCACCAUCACCUACGUCGGCCAUAAGCUUCCGUCGGUCUUCCUGCAGACGCUCGUGUCCAGUUCCACGUCCGGCACGAUCAGCUUGGCCGAGCUCGGCGCAAUCCACCGUGCCUGCGCGUGGGAAAAUAUGUUGCUCAAGACGUCGUUGCCUCCUCCACCUCCUCCGCCUACAACGGACAAGGCUGCGGUGGGAGCCAAGCCUGAACACGACUCGCAGGCCUUAACACAGUCGCAAUCCUCGUCAACGCUUGCCGAGUCAUCUGUACAAUCUUCUUCCGGCUCGAACGACGCCACGGGUCGAUCGACCCAGGUAACACCGCAGCCUCAGCGUACUCAACAGCAUGGCGUACCCAACGAUCUCUUGCAGGAUCUCGCGGGAACUGUCGAGCAGCGAGCACAGCCAUCCGGCUCCUCUCAGCGCCAGGAGGAUCAACCCAGCCAGAAAAAUGCGGCUGCGCUGCGCUACGUGGCAUCGCAGAUCCCGUCUUCGUUGACAGCGCUCUUUGUGGAAACGGUUCGCUAUCUGGCUCCGCGUCGUAGCGUCGACGCAGUACACAAGUCGGCUGCCUACACGGCCUCGGUGGAGAUCGCCAAGUUCCUCAAAGAACACCUCACAUGGCGGGAGUCGAGCAACAGCAUCAACAGCUUUGCCUUUGCCACGCUCAUGAUCUGCCAAACCAGUUGCCUUCUGUUCGAUGAACGUCCGAGCCCUUCGUCUGUCCAGCCUGCCAUCCUGCGAGCCUUGGACAAGCACGGCGGUCUCGACUCGCUUUUCGACCUCUUCCGUCGCUAUGUGGCCGAAAUCGACCGCUUCUACAAUAGCCAUGGCAGCAGCAUCACGUUGUCCGGCACCGACAUGGACGAAGCCGGUAUCAAGCUUGGUCACACCUGCGGCGGCUUGAAGGUGGCGCUCGGCGUGUUGCUGAAGCUAACGCAGUGCAAAGGGCUCAUCGAAUCGACCCAGACAACGCAGCUCGUUCGUGAAGGUGGCAAAGACGUGUUCGAGCCACACGCUUACUUGGCCAAGGUUCGCCUCGAGGUGCUGAACCUUCUGCUUGCCGCCUGGGACAAGCCUUGGCUGCCUACGCUGCCUGCAUCGGUCAACCGCCUGAUGCUGCAGAAUCUCUUGACCAUCCUCAGGGCGCAGAACGAGGCCGCGCCGACGCCUAAGAAGACGUCCACUGCGUCCGGUCCAUCAGGCGCGGCUGGGUCCUUGGACUCGACGAUUCCGACGCUGCUCAACAUGCGCAAUUCUUUUGCAUUCGGCAGCGCACCUCAGGCAGUUCCGUCGCCCGUCCGCAGGCCACCUAACGAGGAGCGUGUUCGGACAAUGGUUGACAUGGGCUUCCCCGAAGGCGCAGCCCGCCACGCCCUCUCUCGCUGUCAGAACAAUCUCAAUGCGGCCACCGAGUAUCUCUUGUCACACGAUGACCUCGUCGUGCACUACCGGGAUAACCCGAGCCAGUCGUGGAACGGCGACGGUGCCGCGGGCGCCACGGCUGCGCAAAGCGGAGAUCGCGCGCCUGCCGAGUCGACGACAGCAGCAGCAGCUCCUGCUGCUGCACCAGCCGCCGCUGACGAUGCAGAUGUUUGGGUGGACGAAGAGGCCCGCACUCAGUCACGAGACGACAACGGUCCCGCCAAUGCGGAUGUGCAGGAUACACCGAUGGCGGAUGCUGCAGCUGACAACGAUGGCUCUGCGGACACCGGCGACCACAAACCAGAGGUGGACGACACUAUGGACACCGACAAAGUGACCAAGGUCAAGGCCGACUUGGACGAGCGUCGGACCGCGCUUCGAGCUUCGCUAGUCGAGCGUGGACUUGAGCUGGCUGACCACCAUCCAGCGCUCGUGUUCGAGGUCAAGUCAGCCAUCCUGUUGCAAGCGUCUGAGCGAACAGCGGCGAUGGGCCACAUAGAAAAGCUGGUCAAGAUCAUUGACUCGGAAGCUUCCGCCGCCUUUGGCGCCAAGGCUGACUUUGUUGCUUUGCGCAUGCAGCUGCUCGCCCUUGUCCUGCACGACGAGCAGAUCUUCAAGCAGCUCGACCGUGACAUGGUUGGCUCGAUCCUGACAUCGCUCGAAGGCCUCAUCCAGUCAUUCAGCUCCCGGCCUUCGUCAACGGUCGAGUCGAACAUUGCUACACCAGCGUCGCAACCCGAGACCACCCAAUCUGCCGCUACCUCGGAGCAAAGCACUCCUGACUCGAAGCCUAAGUGGCUGGCAUCGCUAAUCCUGGCGCUUGUCGGCAUUCUCGGCUUCUCUGAAGACAUCGCCGAAGUCAAGCCGGACGAUGCGUUGCUCGAAGAUUCGGCUGACGGAAAGCUUUCGCUGCCAGGUGGAUCCGGCGAGCCGAGUGCCAAGUCGACCGAGUCUGCAGCCGCCACAGACGGCACAUCCUUGGGCGAUGCUUCCGCUCCCACCUCUGACAAGCUCGUCUUGCCACGCGUCCGUGUCGGCUCGCUGCCCAUCUCGGACGCGCUGUUCCGCUUCGUCUUGCAGAUCUUCCGCGAAGCAACGACGCUCGAACGGAAUGAUCUGCUGGCCGCCUUCCGUUUGCUGACCGUCUUGACGCGCAAUCACUCGAUCGCAGCCCGCUUCGCUCGAGAGGGAGGCGUUCGCUUGAUCUUUGAGCCCUUCCGAGUGCUCGAACCCAAGCAAGUGUCGGGUUGCCAGCCUUUCGUAGCGCUCGUGCUCCGCCACAUUGUCGAAGAUUCUCAGACGCUGGCCUUCGUCAUGGCUCAAGAGAUCCACAGCCUGGUGGCACAGUCGCGCAACAAGACGAGCGAUACCUCGACCGUUGUGCGUCAGCUCGAUUGCGCCGUGUUGCGUGACCCGGACAUUUUCCUCGAAUCGGCAGCUGCCAAGCUCGAAAUGACCGAGUACUCGCCGACCAAGGGCAGCGGUCACGUCAAACUGGUUCAGGGUACAGCUGGAUCUGAGACUGGCGCCAAAGAGUCUCCCUCUGAUCUCUCUGGCAACGGGCAGGCGAGUCUCGCCAGUCUUCGUCUCGGCGACGAUCCGAUGGAUUCGACCGGUGAUGGCGCAGAUGCGAAAGCUGCAGACGAGCCUGGCUUCUUCAAGUCGGCGGCGCAAUCUUCUUCGUCCAACGCACCCUCCGAGGAGCUCGACAGCCUGAUGGCUUUCAUGCUGACCGAGCUGCUCAGAAGUGCCUCCAAGAAAGCACAGCCGGCCACGCACGCUCUGGCGAGUGGUGUUGCUGACAAUGCAAACGCCUCCACGGCCAGCCAAGCUGGAUCUCGACUCGGUUCAGCAAGCGCGAGCGCCGGAUCAUCAGGCGGCACAAUGGCCCACGCCGGCGCAUCCGCAAGCGAGGGAGGAGCGCCCGUCAAGAGUGAAGAGGAGAAGCAGGAUGACACUGCCUUCUUCUACUCGUGCUUCCUCAUGCAGUGUCUCACGGAGCUCUUGUCGUCAUAUUCCUCGUGCAAGACCUCGUUCGUCAAUUUCAGCAAGAAGAGAUUGUUUGGCGCAGCUGCGACGCAUGCAGCCUCGCAGUCCACCCAUGCCGUCGGAGCGUCUGCCGGUGUCAGUUUUGCGCCUGGAACACCUGGAGGCAAAGAAGCGACUCGUUCGCGUGCUGGCAUCCUGAGCACCUUCUUGUGCGAGCUUGUCCCUGCGGGCUUCUUGAGCUCGUAUGGCAGUGCCGAGCUGCGUAAGAAGAUGACGCUUUCCAAUUGGGCCAUGUCGGUGCUCGUGGCGCUCACGGCGGACGUCAGCGUGCACAUCGACAUCAAGGAGGUGCCUGCGGAUCUGAUCACGGUGCGCAAGAUUGUGCUCGAUUCGAUCGCUCGCUCCAUUAAGGAAGCUGCUUCCUCGUCGGAGCCAAUCGAGGUGCGCUAUGGUCGCCUGUAUGCUCUUAGCGAUCUCUGCUACCGAUUGCUCAUUGCUCGCCCCAAUAGCACGGGCGGUAAGCAGACCGAGGACCUCACGCUUCACAUGGCAAAGACGAUGCUCGAGAAAAAUUUUGUCACCGUGCUCACCAGCGCGAUCGCCGAUGUCGACCUGAACUUGCCUACGGUUAAAUCGCUGCUCGAGGCCAUCCUGCGUCCGCUCGAGCAUCUUACGAAAGUCUCGAUCAAGAUGGGCAAGGCGAAGGACAAGACGAGCGGUCGCACCGUCAUCGACGAGUCUGAGGAGGAUUCCGAGUUUUCGUCGGAUUACGACAUGGAGGAAGACUUUGACGACGAGGACGAGAUUGAGGAGGAAAUUGAGCGUCAAGAGACGCCCGACUUCUAUCGCAACUCGUCUCUCGGUAUGCAUACGGGUGAGAUGGAGACCGGCCUGGACGAUGACGAGAUGUCGGACGAGGACACGGACGACGACGAAGACGAAAUGGAGAUGGAAGACUUCGAUUCCGAGACCGGCAGCGAGCUGUCCACGGAUGAGGAGCUCGAGGGCCUCGACGGCGACGAUCCGCACAUCAUGGAGCUCACCGACUCGGACACCGACAUGGGCGACUCGAGCGAUGAGGACUCCGAUUUGGACGACGACGAUCACGCACACUCGCACGGCCAUGGAAGUCCCCGCGACGAUGUCAGCGUCGGAGACGAGGAGGACGGAUGGACGACGGAAGAGGAGGAGAUGGAAGACGAAGAUGACUUCGAUGACGAGGACGACGAGGCGCUUGACUUUAUCUUUGAAGGCGGGGAAGACGGCAUGCCCGCGAUCCCAGAAGAGAUGGGCGACGAACACGAUGUGAUCGCGAUCGACGACGAUGGCGGCGAUGGUCUCAUGGACGAUGAAGAGAUCGAGAUGCUCGAAGAAGACUCCAUGGACGAUCCUGACGACAUGUCGCAGCUCGAGCUUGCCGAGGAGUACGCUACCCCGGUUGACGAUCGCUUCGGCGCCAACUGGGGCUGGACAGCCGCUGCCGAUUCACGACCGUCUGGCUCAGGCAUAUAUGGCGAUCGUCCCCGAACAGCUGGCGUCUUUCCGCCCAACUUCUUCCUGCCCAACGCCAUCGCCAACAUGGGCAGUGGCACGGGCGGUCAUCGCCGACGCAACCUGCUCGAUUUCGACUCGAUGAUGGCGCCUCGCCGUACGGCACCGCCUUCGGAAGAGAUCUCUUCACACCCCUUGCUGGUGGACCAGUCCGACGCCGACGCCAACCGUCACGCCGGCCGAGGCGCUCGCAGUGGCUCCGGCGGAGGACAGCUGCCGUCCGGCUACGCGGAUUGGGCACAGUCUGUCGAGGAGUUUGUGGGCGAGGGCGCGUUGCAAUUCCUGGAGAAUCUCCUGUCGCGCGGCGGUGCAGCCGGCGCCCCUCAAGGCAUCCGCAUCGAGCUGGGUGACGGCGGCCGUAUGCGAAUCGACGGCAUCGACGUGAGCGGCCGUCUCGGUCGCGGUGGACCUCACCACCUUCACCACCAUCACCACAGCCACACGCAACACGGCCAAGCUGUGCUCGGCGGUGAUGCGCAGCGCGCAACGAGCAGCCGACAGGCAGCGCAAAACGACCCUGUCACCCUUGCGCAAUCGUUCACGCCUAUGCCGACUCUCACGCGAUGGUCCGAAGAGGCGCUCAUCCUCCUGCCCAGCUCUACCGUAUCAAAUGAGCGCACCUCCAAGAUGCGCAACCACCUCAUCAACGCACUGCUGCCUGGCUUCCGGAAGCAUCGCCUCGAGACGCGUCGCCAGCUCGAACAGGAUCGUAAGGCACUCGAACAGGCCAAGGAGACGCGAGAGCAGGCCGAAGCCGAGAUCAAGCGUCUGCGCGAGAGCAGGGACCGCAUGCAGAAGGAGUUCGAGGAGAGGCGCGAUCAGUUGCUUCAGGACCAGGAGCGUGCUCAGCAGAUGGUCGCCGACGGCGAUGGCGCACGCGACGCUCAGGCAAGCACCUCUUCUGACCAAGCUGCUUUAAAUGACGCGCAGCAUGGCGAAGAUUCCGGCGCUGCCGCGACAGCAUCGGCUGACAACGCCACUCCUGUCGUGGGCGACGAUGUUGAGAUGGCGGACGCGGAGACUGCUCCGAGUGGUGCUGCCGCUGCCCAUGCGGAAGCGUCAACCAGUGCUGCAGCUGGGACUGCAGCCCAAGCUCAGCCUCCGGCAAUUCCCGAAAUCGCACGAGCAACGAUCUUCAUCAAUGGCGAAGAGAUUGACAUCACCGACACGGGCAUCGAUCCUACCUUCCUGGAGGCGCUACCCGACGAUCUGCGCGAAGAGGUUCUCAAUCAACACUUCCGCGAGCGCCGAGCUGCCGAAGCUACCAGCAACCUACCGCAGCCUACGUCCAUCGCACCAGAGUUCCUCGAUGCUCUGCCGCCUGAGUUGCGCGCCGAGGUAAUUCAGCAAGAAGCUCUCGAGGUUUCGCGACGCCGCAUUCGCGAGGAGAUGGCAUCGCGCGGCGAUGCCGAUCGACAGAGCCAAAGCGCUGGCGGUCAAACCGCGGGAGACCGUGCCGAUCCCGCCACGGCGCGCGCCGGCGGAGAGGCCGCGGGUGAUGGCUCCGCGACCCGCCUGGAUGGGUCUCGCGGCUUCCCAUUCCCUGAUGGCGACAUUGAAGAGAUGCUUCGCGAAGUCGGAGAUACAGCGUUUGGCGAUCUCGCGCCGAUCACCAGCUUGGGCGGCGAGCGUGCCGACAAUGGUCAGCGUCAGCACCGUCGCUUCGAAGAUGAAGAGGACAGCCAAGAUAUUUCGAGCGGAACGAUUCGUGGCCUCCCUGGCUCUGCCGCCGAUCGCUUGGGCGCCAUGCCGAUCCGAAUGCUCAACGUGUCAGGGGGUCCAGGGCCUGCUGAUUUGCACGUGCGUGGGCGUGCUCCCACGGCGGGAGGAGCCGGUUCGACGCGCGACGGCAUCCAACUCCUCGACAAAUCCGGUGUGGCCACGCUGGUGCGCCUGCUCUUCUUCCCGCAGAUGAACGCCAAGCAGACGGCGCUGCACAAGGUGCUUGCCAACCUGUGCGAGAACCUCAAGACACGCUCGGAGCUUCUUAACCUGCUCCUCAUGGUGUUGGCGGAAGGAUCGGUGGAUGCACACGCUGUAGACCGCUCUUUCGUAUCGAUGAGCAACCGUGCCAACCGCAUACACUCGACCCCUUCGAGGCCGACGCCGAAGCGAGCCAACUCGGGUCCCGCUAGUGCAGUCAACGGACUCGGCUCGACGCCAGGCGGUCAAGGUCACGGAACGAGCGGCUCGACGGCGCCGUUAUCCAAGACGGGCGACGAGGCGCCGUUCCUGAUCGCGUCUCGUAGCAUCGACACGCUGCUGCACCUGACGUCGGUCAACACGCAGGCGGCGUUGUGGUUCUUGCGGAACGACGCGCGGCCUUCCAAGCGAGCCAAGGGCAAGGAAAAGGAAAGGGAGACGGAUGCGUCGGAACGCGGCACAGCCCCGAUCAAUGUGUUGCUGGGAUUGCUGUCCAAGGAGACGAUCUUGGGCAAUAGCCAGUUGGUGGACUCGCUGCUGGCACUCAUCAGCUCGGUGACCAAGCCGUUGUACAAUGCGCCGAGCAAGGCCGACGGCGAACCCAAAGGUGCGCCUGCCGACGGUGUCGCCAGUGCACCUGGUCAAGCGGCCACAAGUGCCGAGAUGACACGCAGCGAUGGUGCCCCGGCUGCCAGCAACAACGAAGCGGCGACGGCAGCCGCUAUCUCGGACGACCGUGGAGAUGAUGUUGCAGCAGCAGCAGCAGCAGCAGCAGCACCAUCCAAGAGUGGAUCGCAGCCAAAAGCGGAGCUGGAGGAUCUGCCGACGAUCCCUGCGGAUCGUCUGUGCAAUUUGGUGAAGCCGUUGACGACUGCGCUGUCGAGCAAGGGCUUCCAACACACGCUCUGGAUCGCGGCCCACGUGAACCGGAUUGAUGGGGCGCGCGAGACGAUCUGCAGCGCUCUGCAAGCGCAGGCGAAUACAGCAUCGCGAUCGCUGGUGGGUGAUCUGGACGCGCUGCUUUCGACUUUGCCAGAGGGAGCGGCAGACGAAGAGGAGGAGGAGGACGGAGAAAAGAAGGCGGGAUCAGGUGCGCAAGCGGGUGGCGGAGGAGCCCUGACGCCGGGAGCGGCGGCGACGGCGGCGGCUGCUGCAGCGUCUGCUGGAGUGACGCAGUCAGGGAUCGUGAUCAGCGGACCGACGGUGACGGAUCGAUUGUCGGCGAUGAGCGGAGCCCAACGGAUCGAGUCGAGGGCGCUGGCGACGUUGGCGAGUCCAACGAACGCACAGGCGGUGCUGUUGCGAAGUCUGCGUGCGCUCAAUUACAUCAUGACGGGCCGCUGA